AUGGCUUCAACUAGCUUCCUGGAUGACUACAGUGAAGGGGCGCAUCCCAACAUAAUGCGAGCCCUUCUCGAUGCAAAUAUGCCACAGCAAAAACCGUACGGGAACGAUGAAUACUCCGACGCGGCGAAGAACUGUAUAAGAGAACAAAUCAACGCUCCCGUCGCUGCUAUCCAUUUUGUUGCGAGUGGCACUCUUGCGAACAUUAUUUGUAUCGCAAGCUGUCUUCGUCCGCAUGAGGCCGUUAUAGCGGCGACCACUGGCCACAUAACUGUUCGAGAAACCGGCGCCAUUGAGGCAAUUGGACACAAAAUUCUCACCGUAUCCCCGUCAAAUGGAAAAUUGACCCCUGAAAGUAUAAGCCAGGUUUUGGAUCAGAAUGGGCAAUUUCCCCACAUGGCAAAACCUCGUCUUGUCUAUAUCUCCAAUACAACGGAGACUGGUACAAUCUAUACCAAGGCCGAAUUGGGUGCAAUCUCUGAACUUUGCAAGCAACACAACCUGCUUCUUCUGCUUGAUGGAGCACGGCUGGGAGCGGCCUUGUCAGCGACGAAGAAUGACCUCACGUUCGCGGAUCUGGCCCGUCUUACAGAUAUCUUCUGGAUUGGUGGGACGAAAGCGGGAACGCUGUUAGGUGAAGCAAUCGUUAUCAACAACCCAUAUUUGGCAGAAGAUUUUGCAUUCCACGUGAAACAACGUGGAGGCCUCUUAGCUAAGGGACGAGCUCUAGGUGUCCAGUUCCUAGAAUUAUUCCGCUCAGAUCUUUUCUUUCAGCUUUCAAGCCACGCUAACAGAAUGGCACAAUUACUUUCUGCCGGUGUGACUGAAGCGGGUUUCAAACUAUCAGCCGACACAGAAACCAAUCAAGUAUUUGCGACCCUACCAAAUGCUUUGAUCUCGAAAUUGCAGAACGACUUCCAAUUCUAUGUUUGGGAAAAAUCAAGUUCUGAUCAUGCGGUGAUUCGCCUGGUCACUUCAUGGGCAACGAGCGAAAGUCAGGUCAUUGCUUUUACUGAGAAACUACGAUCUUGA